AUGUGGGCUGAGCUCCCAGAGAACAAACGUAAUGAAGCUCCUUUGAAUGAUCGGGUCUACGAGAGUGAUCUCCCAACUUUCACUACAGAUGUGCGUAUGGAGAAGGUUCCGGAGAUAUUUGCUAGUUCACAGGGUCAUGGUGAGGUUGAACAGAGCCAGGGUAGUGGAGGUGGUGGGCCUAUUGAGGCGGUAUUUUGGGUGAAGGAAGUCAUGACACAAUGGAGAAUCAAGGGUGAAGCAUAUAUUGUUGGUCAAGACAUCGAAGGAACGGGUCAAGAAUCAAGUGGAACACGAACUGUGAAGACGAAGAUCGGAGAGAGAAUGAGAGUUGUGAAGGAAGAUGGGAAAGAGAAUUGGAGCUGGGAAAAAGAACUCACGGCACAUUUUGGUAAUCUGAGUCCGGGGAUGAGAGGCAGUUUCAAAAAUCCUAUCCCUGGAACUCCCGUUUCGCAAACCCCAAGCGAUCCUAAUUGGGCUUUGGGUCAAAAGGUAUCAGAUCUAAACGAUGAAGCUGCCAGAAAGAAUUUCAGGGUCGUCAUUAUCAAACCCAUUGAAGUCGAACAGCUUGAUUUGACUGAACCUGACAAAGCAAGAAGAUGGAGAUUCACUUACAUUGGCCCCAGUGGAGAUGCGGGAGAGGGAGGAGAGAAAAUUGGCGAAUGGAAGAAAGAAGAGCUUUGGCCAUAA